CGCGCUGCUUGCUCGCUCGCUCGCUGCUCCCUCGCUCCCCAGGCUGCCGCGGCCGGAAGCGGCGGCGGGGCGGCAUGGUGCGCUCGCUGAACUCCAUCGUGGCCGUGUGCCAGAACAUGGGCAUCGGGAAGGACGGCCGCCUGCCCUGGCCGUCGCUGAGGAAUGAGUACAGGUACUUCCAAAGAAUGACUAGCACAUCCCACGUGGAAGGUAAACAGAAUGCAGUGAUCAUGGGUAGAAAAACCUGGUUCUCCAUUCCUGAGAAGAAUCGUCCUUUAAAAGACAGAAUUAAUAUCGUGCUCAGCAGGGAGCUCAAGGAAACCCCAAAAGGAGCGCAUUAUCUUUCCAAAAGUCUGGAUGAUGCUUUAACUCUUUUGGAUUCACCAGAGUUAAGAAGUAAAGUAGACAUGGUUUGGAUCAUCGGAGGCACUUCAGUUUACAAGGCAGCAAUGGAAAAGCCAAUUAAUCAUCGACUGUUCAUGACAAGAAUUUUGCAGGAAUUUGAAAGUGACACAUUUUUUCCAGAAAUCGACUACAAAGACUACAAACUUAUCAAAGAAUACCCAGGUGUUCCUGCUGAUAUCCAAGAAGAGAAUGGCAUCCAGUACAGAUUUGAAGUGUAUGAAAAAGUUGUCUUGGCACAGUAAAUGAGGCUUUCUGUACUUUCAUGUGAGAGCAGGCAUUUUAAAUCAUGAGUCUUUAUUGAGUGCAAAUACAUGCUAAAUUAUUGAGAGAAAA